AUGCAUGCUGAGCAGGACUACACCUCCUUUGUCGGCUGCACAGAGCUUCAGGAGCGUGGGUUUACAGUGUUUUGCGCCAAAAACGAAGCCAGCAAAUCUGGCUAUAUGUCAGACCUAAAUUUUGAGGACAUGAUGCUCCAAGCCAACACGGGCUUGGCCUGGUUGCGCAACCAGACUGAUAUCGACCAGGUGAUCAUUCUUGGCCACAGCGGUGACGGUGCGAUGAUGGCCCAACAUCAGAACGUCGCAGAGAAUGGAGUGUCCGCGUGCAAUGGCCCAGAGAAGAUCUAUCCUUGCUCCAAUGCUCUGGCUGGCCUUGAGCCUGCUGACGGCCUAAUGCUGCUGGAUGCUAACUACGGCAUCUCCACCAUGGGCCUGCUGAGUCUGAACACGGCUAUCGAAGAUGAAACGAUGGCCUCAAAACUCAAGCAGUCCCUCAACAUUUAUAACCCUGAUAACGGGUUCAGCAAUGGCACUCAAUCAAACUUCACUUCAGAGUUCAAAAAGAGGUUUACGAAGGGGAUUGUGGCUCGCAACAACCGUGUCCUGGAACAUGCCCAGCACCGUCUUAAGGAAAUCGACAAAGGCAAUGGGAUGUUCGGCGAUGACGAGCCCCUCACCAUCCCUGCGGCUCUUUACCUUGCUACCAACAACCUCUACAUUUCUCAAGAUGGUCGAACUUUGCAUCACACUACCCAUCCUUGA